AUGAUAGACAAGACGAAAGUCUUGAAAGAUAAAGUACUUUAUGGAUACGAAUAUCGCAACUUCACCAUGGCAACUGUGGAUGAAUGUUUCCUUCAUUGCUAUGAAGAUUGUUUCUGUAUGGCAUUUCAAAUGUGUUCAAAUGCACAAUGUCAACUGUUGUCAUCCAAUCAAUUCCAAUUUCCAUCAGCAUUGGUUACAACAGAAGGAUGUUCUUAUUACGACAUGCUUCCAGAUCUUCAACAGGUAGCUAACUAAUUAAGGUUACAGAACACCUUUGAGUGUUAAUUUUGCCUAAAAUUUUUUUAUUGGUUUCAAUGAAAGCAUUAGACUAGUUCUACUAUCUGACCAAGUUUGAACGAAAAAUGUUGAAAACUCGCAGAGUUAUUUAAUAAAAUACAUUUCGCUGCAAUAAGAAAAACAUUGAAAAUGUAAUAUUCAAAUUCAAUUUUCUCCCGAAAAAUUUUACGGUAAUUACUGAUUUUCAAAUGAGUUGUGCUCCUGCGGGUUUCAACAAAUUUUUCUCAAAUUUUCACAGGUCAUAGCUAAAUACGUCAGUUUCAAGAACGUGUUCGGCUUUUUUUUAAUUUUGGAUAUUUUAAAAAUAAAGAGCAAUUCACUCAAACAAUUCAGAAAUAUAUUGCAGUCGUCAAAGAAAUCGCCAUAUCAGCGGAAUGACGAAAUAAACAAAAAUGUCCGAACACGUUUUUUUAGAACAACUAUUUUACUGUAUAAAAAUGAUAUUUUCAUAAAUAUAACUUGAAACCAGCAGGAGCACAACUCAAAAGCCUAACGGUACCGCGAUUUAAGAUUUUCUUGAAUAAUUCUUACAUUAUUUUAUUGUUUGUUAAUUUUACAACUUUACCAUAUUUUGCAUGCACUGGAGAACAUUUGAUGAAAUUUGAUGAAAAUCGGACUGAUAUUGAACGCGCAGAAGAGGGUGUCCUGUAACCUUAACCACGGUUGACAGCACAAGAAUUACGAUUAGGGUCAUGGCAUGGAUAUAUAGGUUGGCAUUAGGGUCAUGAGUGAACGUCAUGAACAUUACGGAUGUCACCGAAGUGUGCGAACGCAUCAAAAUGCAAUCAUGUUCACGCCCACAAAUGUUGACGACCAUGCCUAAAUGUUUUACACGUUCAUAAUUCCAAUUUCAAACAGCCAAACUGGUUCUUAGUAUAAUUACUACAAAAAUUUGAUUGGCUGUUUAAAAUUAGAAUGAUCAUGUUUGUGGUAGACUUGCUACAAGUGACCAGGGGCGCCGGAAGCAAUGUGAAGCGGCGGGGGCAGCCAUUUCAAAAGGGCACUUGCUUCUCAGCCAUAAUUUUUCUGGGCAGCAAUAUUUAUUAAAACUUUACUGUAUGGAUACUCGAUUACUUCUGGCUAUUAUGGAUCGCAAACUUCGAAAUAUUGAUCGAUUUUUAGCUAUUCGUUACAAGGUGCUAAAGACGCAAAAUAAAAUCAGCAAGCAGACGUAGGCUAUAUUACUUGAUUUAGCAUUAAUUUUACUGCAACUGUUUAAAAAUUAAGCAAAGAUUGCUUAAAGGUGCUGUACAGUCCGAUCUGCGUAUGUGAACAAAGGAGCCCUCUUUUUAUUAUACAAACAGUUUAUUUAGAUUUUUAUUUCAUAUUUUAUGUUCUUGCAAAGCUUGAUUGUUGUGUCUUGAUAAUUUAGUAUACUCUAGAAUCAUGAAAAUAUAAAUAGUUGUCGAAUAAAAUUCUUUAGUAUAAUUACAUAGGUGAUUAUUGAAAAUUCUCCACGCUGAUUGGUUGCCGUUGAGGUGAUUAUUACGCGAUAAUCACCUAAGCGAUUUUCAAAAUGGCGGCCGAAGCCUUUUUGUCAAUUAAAUGACGAAGAAAUGUGUAUUUUUUUAUUUUUUCCAUAUAAUCACCUAUGAAAUUAUACUAAAACAAUUAUUCACCUCAGGCUCGGUGAUUAUCGUGAAUAAAAACCUCGACUUCGUCUCGGUUUUUAUUAGAGACCUUAAGAUUGACGUUUACGGCAAACGUCAAACCGCUAGCGAAGUUUUUGAUUUUACAACUCUAUUAUUAUAGCUUUCACACCAGUUUUGAAAUAUGUUAGACUUUUUAAACUUGUGCUCUUUAGCAAUGAUUUAAGAAAGCAAAUUAACCACUAGUCAUGCCAUUCACCAAAGCAGUAAAUUAAGAUUUGGCGUUUGAAGUUGACGUUUGGCGUAUAGAUUCCAUGCUUUAACGACUACAAGCCCUCGUAGCAGUUCAAGAAUGAAAUUUAUACGCCAAACGUCAACUUCAAACGCCAAAUCUUAAUUUACUGCUUUGGUGAAUGGCAUGACUAGUGGUUAAUUGGCUUUCUUAAAUCAUUGCUAAAGAGUACAAGUAUAAUAAGUUUAACAUAUUUUAAAACUGGUGUAAAAGCUAUUAUAAUAGAGUUGUAAAAACAAGGACCUUGCUAGCGGUUUGACGUUUGCCGUAAACGUCAAUCUUAAGGUCUCUAUUCACCGAUAAUCACCUCGCCUUCGGCGAAUAAUUGUUAAAUAUCUUGGAUACCGAAAUGUAAACAAAUCCUUUGUUUACAUACGGACUGUACUGCAUCUUUAAACAUUGCUUAAAAAUAGUUCUAAAUUCCAAUUGCUGUGAAUAAUGCACAAAUUUCGAGGUGCAGUUCUGGCAAAAAGGGCAACCUGUUGCUCCCGUGCUGCCCCCGCAAUGUUUGGGCAACGGGGGCAGUUGCCCCCGCUGCCCCUGUGGCUCCGGCGCCCCCUGUACAAGUCAACUCGCAUUGUAUCGAGUAAAACAUAUGUGCGAAUAAAAUUAAAUGAACGGGAGAGCCUGAUGACGUAUGGAAUGUUGAAUAACAACAUGGCGGCGGAUGGUUUAAUUAUGGCCUCAACUAAACUUGAAAAUUUUAGUCCUGAAACUAUUGAUAUGAACUCCAUAAAGUUGUUAAACAAUCAAGGUCAUCUAGUUUAUGAUGGGAUCCGUCUCAAAUGGACAAACGACCUCUGUUCGUUAAGGACUUUUGCCGAAAAUGUUGUCGGAUUAACGGGUAAAUGGACGUCGCCUGGCGGUAAAGCCAAACAGUUUAUAAACUUAAGCUCUGAUUUUAUUAUGACUUGGUACCCAGGCAAACAAAACUCUUUGACUUUCAAUGGAAAGAAAGGCAAAUCUUUCAAGGAAUUUCUAGUGAGCGUAUUAGACACAAAUUGCGUUAUUAAGCAAACAAAUACGACCUCGGAUAGUUUAAUCCAAACAACUACAAAAAUGUCGGUCGAAGGCGAACAUAUCGUUGGUAAUGGCCGUGUGUUCGAGGACAUGGCCCCUUUAACUCACAAUUGUUCGUACAAUACUCAAGCCAAAGAUAUGGGGUUUGAAUCGAUUGCUGACACUUCGUCACUCGAAGAACUUGAGGACUUCAUUGAUAGCGCAUAUUAUAUUGCGAAUGUCGCAGCCACGCCGAAUUUUGCUCAGACAGCCAGCUUUUCUACACCAUUUCAACAACGAGCUGAUGAUAUCCCGACUAUAGCCGAGGCACAACUCCUUACAUUUAAAGAAAAAAUAGAGUCGCAAAUAGAAAAAUUGUUGACUAAAGUGUCUGAACAAAAUCAUAUUAUUGACACAAAUAAACAAGAGCUGUGCCGAUUAGGAAACGAGAAUUUGAAUUUAAAGUCACGCAUUACCGACCUAGAGGAGAAAAUGAUGAUUAAAGACUCGGCUUCCAUAACCUUUUCAAGUCCCUCAAAGCCAUUUUUACAAGAUAAGAAGUCCUUUAACAGUCCUGACAAUGUAAAUCCCCAACACGAUGGAUCAACUAAAAUAAAUCACCCAUCUGGUGCCGUUAUCAACCCCAGUUAAUGUAGAUAACCUGCCCGCUGAAGAAAGUUUCCCUACAGUUAUCAUUGAAAUAAAGAACAAUGCCCUAUUAUCCACACAACAAUCUAAGACUACAAUCAACUCCUUCAAAAAAGAUUACUCAUUAAGCCUGAACCGCGAGCCUUUUCAGGCUAAGAAUGUUUUAAACUAUUUGCCCUUAUGCGAAGAUCUAAGUAUAAUCGAAGAUGUUUCUGCAAACCUCACUUUUGACGAAAAUGAAUUAGAUCAGCGUGAGCAGGAUUUAUCCGAUGGGUGUCAACAUUUCAAGCAACGUGGGAAGCAAGGCAUAUGUAGGAAUUGCGACCGAUCCUAUGCAAAAACCGUGUUAAGCCUUGAUGCCCUUAACCCUGACCAGGUGAAUCCCCGAUCGGAUAGGUCAAUCAGCGAGUCAAAUCUAAAGCAUUCUUCGUUCCCUCAUUUUCCAGCCCCGAGACCCUCAAGUCUUAGACACGGUCAAGUUACAAACCCCUUAGGGUUUCGAAGGCACCAUUGUAGUCGGUAUCCUUUUUUAAAACGUUGUCGUGUCAUUCCUUCGUAUCGGACAGCCCACCGCCACCACUCUCUAGAGUGGUUGGCCCAUCUCCACACAGUGGCCUGUUUGACGAGUCAGCAGCAGACAAUAUGAUGAAAAUACCUGUUAGAAUCACUUCACGUCAGAGACCAUCACGUCAGAGACUAUCAUAUCAACUAACCAUUAAUAAUUCUUCUAGUGUUAACAAUAACUUGCAAAAUAGAAAUCUUGUUCGUGUUCCUUUGUCCAACCCUGCCUCUCCAAACGCUUCCGCACUCUCGUGGUCACUCACGUCGAAAACCACUAAUGAUACGGCCUCAGCCCAUUUAACAAAAAAGUCAGAUAACAGCCUCAGUACCCUUCCAGGUCUCAAACUGGUCCACCUAAACAUCCGCUCUCUGAAAAAUAACGCCCAUUUUUUAGAAUUACGUAAGUUUACCAAAUUUAACAAACUUGACGUCCUUACAGUAUCAGAGACAUGGUUAAAUACAUCCGUCACAAACAAGGAAAUAGAAAUCGAAGGUUAUAAGCUACAUCGUUUAGACCGACUGCACAAGAAAGGGGGCGGGGUAUGUGCUUACAUACGAAAAGAUAUUAAAUCUCUUGUACUUAAAGACCCCAGUUAUAUCUCCGAGACGAAUUUCCAUCAAUUAUGGAUCAAAUUACAGCACAAAAAAUCUAAAUCACUGUUGGUCUGUGUCUCUUAUCGACCCCCAGACAGCCCGCUUGACUGCUUCGAAAAAUAUUUUAAACCUAAUUAUGUUCAUGCUCUGACGAUGGGAAAGUUGAUCAUUCUUCUUGGAGACCUAAACUGCGAUAUGCUUAAGCCCACACCUGGAUCAGCGUCUUUGAUCAAGACGACAAAAGAACUCAACCUUAACCAGUUAAUAAAAUCACCAACAAGAAUUACUGAAUCCAGUCAGACCCUCGUCGACGUUAUUUUCGUAUCCUCGCCAAGACUAGUAGUCAACAGCGGCGUCAUAGAAACCUGUAUCAGCGAUCAUUUCCCUGUGUAUGUAUCACUAAAACUUAAAACCGACAAAUCUCCACCAAACUAUAUCACUACCCGCAGCUACAAUAAAUACGACCCUGAUUUGUUCGCGAUCGAUCUGGCAUCCAACCGUGAUCGUCUUGUUUCCAUUUUCAGAAUGGACAAUGUUGAUGAAAAACUAACCAUUUUUAAUGAAAUAUUUUUAAACACAUUGGAUAAACACGCCCCAGUAAAGACCAUAAAAGUACGCGGAAAAUCUUGCCCAUUUAUCACCCCGGAAAUAAAAGCAUCCAUGAUCAAAAGAGACCAGCUCCACAGUCUUUUCAGGAAAACACGUGAUCAUUAUGAUUGGCUUAAUUUCAGAGAGGCCCGCAAUUUUACAAAAACCGCACUUGUUAAUGCACAGAAAGAAUAUGUACUGAAGGAAGUUCAGCAACACAGGAACAAUACUGGGUCACUUUGGAAGGUAAUUAAAGAAAAUAUAGCGUAUAGGGAAAGAGAGUCAGUGGUCUACAGUAAGGAACCGAAAUUAGUGGCCGAAGAGUUUAAUCAUUUCUUUUCCACCAUCGGUGUGAAUGCAGCAAAGAAAGCCUCAACACUAAUACAAGAUCCUAGUGUUUAUCCAGCUCGGAAUCUUUCUGACGUAAAUCGCACAGAUAACAGCUACCCUGAAGAAAAUGAUAGAUUUAGUUUCACCCCAGUCUCUUGUUCAGAAAUAAGGAACAUCAUAUUAGCUAUGCCGUCAAACAAAUCACCCGGCAAAGACAAAGUGAGUAUGCGUGUCAUCAAACACAGCCUACCGGUAAUUCUUGGGCCCCUCACCGAUAUCAUUAAUUGUUCACUGUCGUCAUCUUCGUUCCCUAUAGCAUGGAAAGAGGCAGAAGUUAUCCCUUUGUUAAAGGAUGGAAACCACGAGGAAGCAUCAAAUAACCGCCCACUUUCUCUCCUUACCUUUCUUUCGAAAAUUUGUGAAAAAGUCGCCUUGAAUCAAUUUUGUUCGUAUCUAAUGAAGAACAAAAAAUUGUCAACCCACCAGAGCGGGAACAAGAAACAUCACUCAUGCGAAACAUUGAAUCUUUUGACCGGAGAUACUAUCCUAAAGGCUAUGGAUGGGAAAUUGGUUACUGCACUGAUUCUAAUAGAUCUAUCUAAAGCUUUUGACAGUGUAAAUCAUACUUUUCUCCUUACAAAACUUAGCAACGUCGGGGCUUCUCCAAGCGUUGUAAAAUGGUUUGAGAGUUACUUGACCGGAAGAACUCAAUCAGUCAGAAUUGGAUCAACUGUGUCUACUCCUCUCCCUGUUUCUUAUGGUGUACCACAGGGUGCAAUUUUAUCACCUUUACUUUUUAGUAUUUAUACUAACGAUUUUCCCUCAUCAGUCCACCAUAGUAAACUUGAAUCGUACGUGGACGACUCCAAGAUAUUACUAUCUUUCACUGUGGCUAACGUGGACUGUUUAAAGCAACAACUUGAGGAAGACUUGUAUUUGAUUGCAAACAGUUGUUCCGAAAAUGAAUUGCUUAUUAACCCGGGAAAGACCAAAUACAUGCUGAUUGGCACACGGCAAAACCUACAACAACUUCCCGUAGAUAUGACCAUAAACUUCCUCAACGAGACUAUUACCCCCGUCUCCUUUGCCAAAGAUCUAGGAAUGACAAUCGACUCUUAUUUGACAUAUGACCAGCACAUCACCAACCUGGUUUCCUCAUGUAUGAAUUCCCUGUGCCAAAUAAACCGAGUCAAAAAAUGUUUCGAUAAAGAAGCUUUAACUCUCAUCGUCUCGGCACUUGUAAUGAACAAAAUGUUCUAUUGUUCAACGGUUUGGUCAAACACUUCGUCUACCAACAUUAAGAAACUACAGUUGGUACAAAAUUUUGCAUGCAGGAUAAUAACAAAUAUUGGAAAGUUCGACCAUAUUUCGCCGGGCUUACGCGAACUUAACUGGCUCCCAGUAAAGGAACAAUUACUACUAAGAGAGGCUAUUAUGAUGUACAAAUGUGUCAAUGAACUUGCUCCACAUUAUUUGAGCGAUUUAUUCACAAAACGUUCUGACAUUCAUCAACGAGAUACACGUAGCCAUGACUCACUGCAAAUACCAUUGUACAAAACUUCUGCAGGUCAAAGGUCCUUUCAUUAUAGAGGCGUUACACUCUGGAAUGAUUUGGACAUAAAGUACAAAAAGUUAGACUCCCUAAAAACUUUCAAAAACGAACUGAAGCGAAGCAUGCUAGAACAAAUAUAUAAGUAG